UGCAGCAGCAACUGUCUGACACAUCUGGACUGGAGAGGGGGGGAGGCCUGGCUGUUAGCGAACUACUGAGGGGAAUGGACAACGUUUAAUGCUCAUCUGCAAAACGGGCCUUUGUUACACUUGCCGUGGCGUUUGUGAGUGUGAGCUGUCCGUCUCCUCUGGGCGGGGGCUGGGCUCUGCCCACUGUGAAGCACCAUACAUGACAGCAGACCUCACACUGAGCUGAAAUGAAACGAGUCCACAUAAAUGAGGCAGCCGACAAACUGGAGAAACAUAUCCAAGAAAUGGACGACGGCAGUUACAUCGAGUUCGAUGUGCCGGAGUUCAGUAACACUGUUCUGGACCAGCUCAAUCAGCUGCGGCUGCAGGGGAAGCUGUGUGACAUCAUCGUCCACAUUCAGGGCCAGCCGUUUCGAGCCCAUAAGGCCGUGCUGGCAGCGAGCUCACCCUAUUUCCGUGACCACUCGGCUCUCAGCACCAUGAGUGGCCUUUCCAUCUCGGUCAUCAAAAGCCCUGAGGUGUUUGAGCAGCUUCUUGCAUUCUGCUACACGGGUCACAUGUCCUUACAGCUCAAGGACAUUAUCAGUUUCCUCACUGCGGCCAGCUUUUUGCAGAUGCAAGCCAUCAUUGACAAGUGUACCCAAAUCCUGGAGAGCAUCCACUCCAAGAUCAGCAUCCCAGUUAGUGUCUGCAGCCCAGGGAAGGGCGACUCGCAGACCAGCGGCAAUGGGGUCAACGACAGCAACCUCUUUGUAAACCCUACCCAGAUCUCCCCCCCUUACUACUCCCGGCAGAGUCAGGCAGGACAUGAAGUGCGCUUUGAGCUGCCAGGAAAAACCCACAGACGAGGCCGACAGCAACCGGAGGAAGGCCAGUCGGACCGAGGCAGCAGUGAUAGUGUGUCAGAGCACGAUGCUCGCAUGGAAGGAGAAAUGGAGCAAGUGGAACUGAUCGGCAAAGAUGGGCAGGUGACCGACGUGCACGUGAAGAUUGAGAAGACCGAGAGGCCCACUUACUCAGAUAGUUCCUCAGCCGGUGAUGAUGGCUACCACACAGAGCUGGUAGACGGAGAGCAGGUACUUGCUGUUAGUGUGGGAUCUUAUGGUCCAGUCAUCCAGUCGGCUGCCUAUUCUUACUCAGGGCAGUCCACCCCGUGCUUCGUCAACCUCAGCAGCUCCAGUCCCUCCCGCUCCUUACUCAGUGGCUACAGAGGUGGGCGAGCCAGAGUGAAGCGGCCCCUGGGCAUCCCGGCUGGAGUGCUGAGUCGUAUCAAACCAGGCUCAGAAGACAGCGAAUCAGUCGUGGGACCCACGGGAUUGGAGAAUGACGUGCGAGAGCGCAGCCUGCGGAGCCAGUGGUACCCCUACAACGAGAGACUUAUUUGCAUCUACUGUGGUAAGACCUUCAACCAGAAAGGGAGCCUGGAUCGCCACAUGCGCCUGCACAUGGGAAUCACCCCCUUCGUUUGUAAAUUCUGCGGCAAGAAGUACACAAGGAAAGACCAGCUGGAGUACCACAUCCGUGGCCACACAGACAACAAGCCCUUCCACUGUCAGAUCUGUGGCAAGUGCUUCCCGUUUCAGGGCACCCUUAACCAGCACCUGAGGAAGAAGCACAUGGGAGCAUCAGAGGUGACUAACCAUAUAGACUCUCCAGAGACCACCGAGGGAAGCUCAGGUCAGAAGGACACGCAGGAAACGUCUGAGGGGAUGGCCUUUGAGGCACAAUAUGCAGAGGAGGCACCGGCCAAUGAGGAGGAGAGUUCAAAAUGCAGUCCAGAGGAAGCUCAAGCCUCAAGAUGUGAUUUUUAGGUCCUGCUUCAGGUUAAGGAAGCUUUAAGAAAUGUUUAUCUUAACUCAACUUAAAGGACUUUUUUUCUUUUUGAAUCAGCUCCCUCUACUAUAGACAUUUCUUGCGUCAAGGGGUUUCUGUCAAUUUGUGAAAGUAAGAUGUUGAAUGCAGAGAGCAAAUGCGUGCUUUAUAGAAAUCCGAUUCUUUCAAGCAAAGGGAGUGACAACUUACUAUUUUUGAGGAGGUCCCAAUAAUCAAGACCCCUUAAUUGAUUUAUCUUUUUAUCUUUCCAUGUUUUUUAAAACAUAUUUACAGAGUUAUAUAGGCAUGUUGCAAUAAUUGAUAAUGUGAAAGCUCUGGUAAGAUGCUUGUCAUAUCACCUUUUUACCUGACCUGUUUUUGCACAUGUGGCCACAGGAGGUCACUUACUCACAAGGAAUGAUUUUUCUGCCAGUGCAAAGCUUCGUGUGACAUAUCCGUUCAAUACCUCAUGAUACAACUACAUACUCAUAACAGACAGUAUUUUAACUUAAUGAACUCACCAGGUUCUACCUCAUAGCCAAGAACCUACUAGGCACAGACGUGUUCACCGUUUGAAAUCCGUUUUUAGGUUGUAUGUACAGUAUCUUUAUUGCCAAACCCUGUACAGAAUAUUCUCUCGACACAAAGCCUUGAUACUUAUGUGAAAUAUUCCUUGCUGAUUGUAUGGAUACGGGACAAAGUCCUUGUUUCAUGGUCAGCCAGGUUGAAAUGAUGUUUAAGAAGGUGCUAUGUUAGCAGUACAUUUGCUAGCUUUCUUGUUUGUUUCUCCAGACAAUAGAGUAAGAAAAUGGCCCUGCAUAUUUUCAACAUGAGUUUGCUGUCUUGUAACGUUUGUUCUUCAAAACACUUAAGAAUCUUAUCUCUCAUCACUACUGCAGAUCUCACCCGUUCGUGGUUUCAGAUGCUGUCAUCCAUGAAAUGGGUGAAAUCCGUCCACACAGUGAAGUCAUUUAUAUUUCUCUAUACUCUGAUGGCAGACUUUUACUGAAUUAUUGUAUGUUUAAAUUGUUUUGUCCUGAGGUAGGCUUCUAGGUUAAUACUCAGAGUUCUCAUUGUCAACUCAGCACAGUAGGAACAGCUCUGGACUGUUCAUAUAAAUCAACAUAGUAUACUCUUCUGAAUGAUAUGCAAACAGAAAGAACAAAGGAAUCUCAGCCAUUUUGACAUGGUUUAUUCUUCCAUUAUUUCAAAGAGCUCUUGCUUUGCUUCCUUUCUUAUCUUUGCUUCUGUCCCACCUUUCUACGAUGGGACGAUUGAUCUGUGAUCUUUUUUUUCUCCGCAUUGAUCGGGGUCAGAUGUGGAACUGCAACAAGUUUUCCUCAUUGGUCUACCCUACUUUAUGGUGUUGACAUUAGGGAUGCCAGAAACUGACCAUGAUCAAAAUCGAAAAUCGGACAGCCCUGGCGAAUAUUAAUCGAUUAGUCAAUGGUCAUUUACAAUUAUUAAUACUAUUACUAUUAUUAGCAUUAGUCUAUAUUUUGGUUGAAACCAAACCAGGAAAAAAAAAAACAUAAAUAUUAAUAAAAAGAUAUAUAAAUAAAAUCGAAUUUUAAAAAUAAUCUUCGAUUAUGGAGACUGUAACGAAUAUUCGAAUAAUCGCUGGCAUCCCUAGUUGACAUUGAUGUGGCACAGCUAGAUUAAGGCUAAGAGUUAAUGUAUUUAGAAGUAGCUGGUGAUCCAAAGUAUGAUGCACUUUGCAGAGAUGGGGGGGGGAGGGGCGGGGGUUGUGCCAUUGAGAAAACGUGCUAACUUCUGUCUUCAUUCUGAUGCGGCAGGGUAGGACUAGAUUGACAGCAGUGCUUCUGCCUAUACGUACAUAUAGUGUGAUCUUUAAUGAGACUCUGCAAUCACAUGAAUACUAACGUCUACAAGUCAUGCAUAUGGCUACAUAUUAUAUACAGUUUGAGCCAUGGGGAUCAGGGACUUGGGUUUUAUUUCCAUUCUGAUUUAGGUCAUCUGUAUUUUACAGUUAAUACAUAAAAAAGGCACUUAGAAGGCCUGAUUGAUUAUCCUGUUAUAUUUAGGACAUUUAAAGCUCAGCUGGGUGGUCACUUUUGUGCUAUCAUGCUUUUUCCUUUUUACCAUCCAGCUGUUAAAAUACAUUUAUUGAAGAGCACCUGCUAUUUGCUUUUAUUUUGUCCAAUCGAGUCCAUGCUGAAUUUGUGUCAAUGAAUUGGGUUUGGGUUUUUUCUUCUCACAGUUUACAUAUAAUGUUCUAUGUUCGGUUGGUGGGAGAAUAUUGGGUUUUGUUUCUCAUGUCUGACGUCAAGCGUGCAGUCUUUUUUUUUUGUAUUAUUCCGGUGAAUGUGCGGUCAUUGUCUUCUCGUUGACAGUCGAACCAAAAUGUAGGGAAUUUGGCAAAAGUCGGUAUAGCUAGCUUUUCGUUGUCUUUGUGUGCCCGGCUUCAUCACAAACACUUUAGUUCAUCACACCCACAGUCUGUCCACCUGUACAGUCCUUUUAGACGAAUGUUUACUGAGUGGAGUGUUUAUCUGUCGGCCGCUGAUGUGCAGGUUGAACAGCUGAUCUGACCUCACUAAAGAUCAGUCAGUGACCUGUUUGAAUCUGCCUACGACGAAUACACCUCACCUAGGAAGAAAAUAGUUGGAAAUGUUCAAACCUCCUUGUCAGUAAUGCUUUGUGAGUAAAAGGUACAAAAUGCUAAAAUAAUUUUGUGCCAAGAGUUCACACCAAAGACUAAUGGGUGAUUUUUUAACUUUAAAAUGUUGACUGUAUCACAUGAUUGAAUGCUCAUAUUAAGAAGUUCUUAAUUUAAUGUAGGACUAGUCCAUUGCUAUUUGCAAGGAAUGCACGUUUCCCAGCUUAUAACAAUCACUUGUGUACAAUUUGAACAAUUUGCUAAGAAGACAUUAAGCAGCAAAGUCAUAAAUAACACAAUAUAUUAAGCCAUACAAAAGCUGACAAUAUAAAAGUUGUGCAAUAGGUAUUGUAAUUGUUUAAAGCCAAUGUAAACAAAACACAAAAAGUGGCAUCUUUAACUUAGUGCCUUGCCACAAGCUUUACUUUGAAGAUGCUGGCACUUAGAUUCCUGUGCCUCUUUCCUUUUCUAAUGGAUUGAAUAGAGCAAUUUAUAGAAUAUGGCCACAGUAUUAAUCUAUAGUGGUACCAAGAAUGAAUACAAAUGAAUUCAUUUCAUCUUUGUCCAGUUGUUUUCCAGCUCAAGUCCUGUGCCCUGAUCUGGCUCUUUAUAUUAUAGUUUUUGCAAUCAUGGAUUGGACAACUGAUUUUAUGGUUAAUCUACUUUUGUAGCAAUGAAUUACAAUCAAAAGAAGCAGUGUUGUUCCCUGCAAGCCACUUCCCAGUGUUCAGAGACCUCACUGUAUCCUUCCUCUCUGACCACUCUGGACAAUCUUAACAAUGUACUGUAUUUUGGCAUUUCAAUGAAGGAAGGAGAUGCAUGACACACACACACGUCUACUUCCUCUCUGUUCACUCGGAGCAUCUGGCAAGGGAACAGCUGUUUGGGUAUUUAGCAGAUGAUAAACCUAAUAUUCGUGGAGGAGAAAAAAAGAAGCUUUCCCUUAUAUACUGUAGCUGAAUUGCACGUUGCUCAACCACAAAAUUGUAUGAAAUUGCCAAUGGAUCAUUGUUUUUACAUGUAUUUGUGUCAUCAAUUGUGCACUUACAGUUUUUCUUUUUAUAGUCAAUACCAAUUCCAUCCGGGAAGUCUAGUUUAUUUCUGUGUUUUCUCUUAAGGGACUGAGCUAUAAUGCCCUCAAUCACUUUGCUAGGGACCAUUUCCCUCUUAAAUGGUGCUUUAGACGAGUCCGAUCUUUUUUCUUUUUUUUUUUUUUAAACGAGUCCAUAUAAUCAUAGGUGAAUGGAGGGGAAAUCGUUGUAUUGCUUUUUCAUGAACUCUAGUUACUAAAUGUGAUACACACUUACAAAACCAACUGAACUUGACAUCCACUCAAAUCAACUCCACACCUCGGAGAGGAGCAGGAGAUGCAUUAUGGGCCACAAGUAAUCAAAAGGAAGUGUUUACAGGGAAGGCUGUCAGACUACUUUUUGAAAUUGCAGCUCGUCCUAUUCUUUUUUUAUAAUAAACUCACUUCAGGUAGUUUACAAACACUGAUACAGGCUUAGAAAAAAAAUCUUAAGUCUUCCAUAGCUUUUCUGUCAGUUUCUGUCCACUGUGUAUCAUAAGAAAAAGCAAUAACCUUUUUAAAAGCGGUGUAUUGGGAUCAUCAAGCCUAUUGAAAUAUUGACCUGUCGUAUAUCAAACAGAAUGAAUGUCAGGAGGCUUAGUGAAUUGAAGUAAGACCAGGGCGAUUUGAUAUUGAUUGAUCUUUUUUCAUAUAUAUAUAUUUUCUGAAACUUUGGACGGGUUGACUUUCCUCUUCAGAAAAAAUAUAUUUAAAUGAAAAAGCGACGUUGCUGGCUGGUGUUAUGAAUGCUCAUCAAAAGCCAGUGGUAGACAGUGAACUGCAACACAAGAAACAAGUGCAUGGUUAUCAAACUAGUGGCACUGUUCAGAGUUGCACCUCCAGCUGUGUCAAAUAAUGAAAGGGAUUUUGGGCUGUAAAGCCACUGUUUGGGAGGGGGCCGUCUGUCAUCAUGGCGAGGUUCAGGGGUCUCCUUCAGCAUCCUCGGGGUCUGACACUGUAGCUGUGGUUGUUUAGGACAAGGGAAGAUUUCAAGUCAAUCUAUUGUUCCUUCUCCCUUUACAACUCCCUAAACUCUACACUGCAAUGUCUCUGGCUCAUAUGUAUUUGGAGACAAGGCAAAAAAAGAACUUAGAACUCAGGGUAUAUCAUGUUAAAAGUGGUCUCAUUGGACAUAUGUGUGUCCAUAGUAGAAUUGUGCACUUCUCUUCAGGUGGGGAAACAAGUCCUCAGUCAGUGGUUCCCAAACAUUCUGCCUCAACGAGCCCAUAUUUUCCACAGAGCUGAAGCUCGAGGAGCGCUGGAGACCACGUACCGAAGCAUUAUUACAGACAUGCCCUAACUCCUGUUUUGUCCACUCUACACACAACCUCACAACCCAACUGUGAACCUCAGAACUCUACUGUUUUGUACAACUAUGAAGUAAAUGAAGCUAGCUAGAGCUGAUGUAUCUAUUGCCAUUUAUGAAUUUUAUUUUAUAGCAUGAAAUAAAAUAUAUUUAUUCAAAUUAUAUAUUUUACUCAUCAUCAUUCUGUGCUGCUUUGUUUUGGUUCUUAAGCUUGUAAAUUGCUUUUUUAUUAUAUAAAAAAUGUCAAUAGAUUAAUGCGUUUGUAAAAUAAAGACGCUCAUUUGGCUCUGA